ACAGGUUCUACAUUCUAUAACCUAUUUUUUUUAUAAGUAUUGUCUGAUCAAAGGAUGAAAAACUCUUAAAUUAUAGCAAUUUUACAAGACAACCAUGAUAAAUAAAUCAGAGCCUCAAAAAACAAAGUUUCCUUAUAAAUUACAAAGUAGAGAGGCGUGAAGCAAAAAGGUAUAUUUCAAACACUUAAUUAGAGAAAUUAGCACAUCUCGGUGCUAAUCGUAGGGCGGGAUUUCUCGACAACCAUUCAAUUUAAUGUGAGGUUUUUACAUAGUACCUAUCUGAAGUUUACAUAUUUUUAGAUCAUUUCAAUCUUAAAUCAUUAGAAUUCCUACAUUUCAUGUUAACCUUACCUUCAGGGGUAGACCAAAACGCUAUAAAGUAUACCCUACAGAUUACCUACCCAAAAAGUAUUAAUGAAUAUAAUUAAGGAACCUUUAUUCCCUAGAAUAAGAAUGGUUUUAUAAAUGAUUUGGGGGACAGAUAGGUAGAUCCAUAACAAAUUUUACACAAUAAAAGCUGUCCAAGUGUCCAAUAUGAAACUCUAGCCCAUGCGUAUUGACCCAGCACAGCUCGUGCCUAUUCUAUGAAAGCAAGUUAAAUCCCGGUUAAUAGCAGCACUUGAUGUCACAUCGCUAUCGGUGCAGCUCUCGAGUCACACCGUUGUACGAGAUAACGGUCUCGCAUCGCAGCGUAACAUAAAUUUUACAAUCUCGGUUUUAUUACAUUAUCGAGCGUGGAUCGAAGGGCCAGGCGCCCACACGAGCGUGUCAGCGUCUGCCGGGAGCAGAGCGAAUUCCACACGGAAAAUAAGGAGCGUUUUCACAAAAGGUGUUUGGGUUUGGGGUCCGUCCAGAUUCCCGAUAGUCCCGAUACUUGGGCGACAUUGCAUCGUCAAACGUUUGACUAUUCGUCAGGCGGGUGCGGGGGCGGAGGAGCGGGGGGCGCGGGGGCGUCGCUCCGGCAACAGCGCCGUGCGGCUCGCCGGCUCAGUGUAGCCCCAACAGCCGCCGCCGCCGCGUGUUGUGCACUCACGGACCUCCAAGUGACGCUUCCCCGCCAUAAACUUCAAACAAAACUUCCUCGAAUUGGAUCGAAUCUUGUUCAGUGAUUGUGACAAUUUAUCAGUGUAUUAUGUGCUUGAACUGCAGUGUUUAAAACGGUUGCAAUAACACGAGUCGAUGGUGCUGUUGAAAAGUAGCAUGAAAAUUAAUGGUCAUCGCAGUAACAUUUGGGAAUGUCACCACAAAUCUGAUCUCUAAGUACUUAAUUGGUGACUCUGGUGAGGAACAAAGAUGUUGAGCGACCGCAGCGGUCGCCCGCCGGCGCCGCGCCGCGCCUCCACGUACCGCAGCUACGACGAGCUGUCGGCGGAGCCGCGGCCCGCGCGCCUGCGCCACCGCGCCGCCGGCGUCGAGGACCUGUCCGGCCUGGACCACCCCCGGCGCCACCGCCCCGCCGACCUCGACGACAUCACCGUCAUCAGCUCCGAGGAACUCCCGAGGCCGCGGAGGAAAACCAUCGAGGGCUUCGCCAACGGCUUCAGACGCACUUUCUCAGUGCGCAGUCGGAGAGAACCGGAGGGCAUACCGAUGGACAAUCUGAACGCGGAGAGCUUUGCUACCGUGAGAGGAGCCCCGUUCGGGAGGCGGCGCUCGCUGUCGCGGGAGCGCGGGGGCGCGCUGGGCCGCAGCUCGUCGGAGGGCGACGUGCGGCCGCCCGCCCCGCGCCCCGCGCCACCGCCCCGCCUGCACCGCUGUCUGCGAGCCCUCGGAGGGAGCUGGAAGAACCUACUACUAUUGGGCGGAAUGUCGCGCGGCGGGCCGGGCGCCGGCAAGGCCGCGACGGCCAAGCGCGUGCCGCCGCCGGCCGUGCCGGGCGACGCGUUCGGCACGCCGCAGCACCGCCACUCCGGCUCCAGCUUCGGCUCGCAGGGGUACGCCUCGUGCGACGACCAGGGGUACCCGCAGCCGCCGGAUACCCCGAGCCAUACACGAGAUGACCACUCAGACUACGGCAGCACGGUAUCCGGCGUCUCGGGGGUGUCCGGCGCUAGCGGCAGCCUGGGCAAGAGCCCGGCCGGCGCGGGCACCUUCACAUUCCCGGCGCCCGCGCAGCCGCUCACGCACAAGGCCGCCGUGUACUACCACCACCAGCUAGCGCUGAGCGAUGACCAGGGCAUUGAUAUGACACAGAGCCCCGGGCGCGACAGCCCCGGCUCCUCAUCGGGCUCGGCCGGGUCAGGCUCGAGACACUCGUCAGCCUCGCUGGACAGCGGGCGCGCGUCAGGCCGCCUGCCGCACCACCACCACGCCGCCUGCCACUGCGGGGAUACUGCUGAUAGAGUGCGGGCCAUGAUCGCGCAGGGACUGCCUGACGCCGACAUAAUCCACACGUGGCUAGCAGACCUACAAAUGGAGGAAUACGCGAGACUGUUCAUAGAAGCCGGGUACGACCUGCCGACGGUCACCCGGAUGACCCCCGAGGACCUCACGGCGGUCGGCAUCAAGAAACCCAACCACAGGAAGAGGCUCAAAGCUGAACUGGCCAAUCUGAAUGUGCCGGAAAAUCUGCCUGAUUAUAUUCCUGGUUCCUUAGAAGAAUGGCUGCGACUGCUUCGCCUCGAGGAAUACGGGCCUGCGCUCGUGGCUCAGGGAUACCGCACCGUUCAUGACGUUACACAAUUAGCCUGGGAGGAUCUAGAAGAUAUGGGUAUUGUCCGGCUAGGCCACCAGAAGAAGAUCCUUCUGGCCAUUAAAAGAGUAAAAGACAUCAGGGCGGGCAAGAGAAGCAUCAGCAACCAGGGUUCCUUGGACUUCACGAGGUUGCAGCCCGGACAGAUCCGCCACCCCCGCGGCAAGUCGCUGGAGAGUCUCGAGGACCCGUCGGAGCGAGGGUCGCACACCACGUUCUCUCCCGAAGGCUUCUACUACGGGCAGCAGUGGCGCCGGUCGUACGACGACGGGGACAUCACGCCCACUAAUGAUAAUGCUUAUGAAGGAGGCGGAACAUUACCGCGGCCGCGCGGCCUAGUGCGCCCGCGGCCGGUCGCCAAGAUCACGGCGACGCCGGCGUACCGCGACAAGUCGCCCGACUACACGUACGACGAGAUCGCGUACUCGGCGCGGCUGCAGCGCGUCGCGUACGGCGCCAGCCCGCACGUCGCAAGGAAACCGCCGCCCGAGCCGCCCAAGAGGCAAAGCUCCCAAUACGCGCCAUUCUCGCGCUUCGGCCAGACGACGGUCGAGAUCCACCCCGAGAAGAGUCUGCCGCUCAGUCUGCCGGCGUACCCGAGCUCGGACUCGCUGAGCGUGUCGCUGGACAGCACGGGGCUGCUGCCGCCGCCGCCCGCGCCCUCCUCGCCGCCGCGACGGUAUGAGGAGGACAAGCUGAGGACUGGGUCGGAUGCUAGCUUUAAGUCAAGUUCGAGCACCGAGUCCGACAGUAUCCCGUUCGCGAACGAGAACGCGGGCACCAUCAAGCAGAACCGGAGUCAGAUGGGGGGCCGCCCGCACACCGUUGACUACAGCCGCUCCCUCGCCAUGUCCUCCGUGCCCCCGCGCGCCCCCGCCGCCGAAAUAAAACCCCCCACCCCGCACCCCCUCCCCGAACACAAGGACGAUGGGAAAGUCUCCACAGAACCUGUCGACGUCCUCAAUGAUAUAGGAAACAUGCUCGCCAACUUGACAGACGAACUCGACGCCAUGUUGGAAGAAGAGAAACGCCAGGGACUCAACUCUUAAAGGUGUAGAGUUUGAUUUCGGAUUCACACAGUUGUACGAUUGACGCGCCAGAUGGCGUGCGUUAUAACGGGAGAAUGUGUCGCUCAGUGUGAUGUCAGCCUUAUCUUCAAGUGACGCAAACACAAUAAAUAAAAUACAGGAUUUUUUACUUGCUAAUGUGUAAAAUUCUGAAUAGCUGAUUACAUGCGACGUGAGUUAGAAGUUCCAUCGUUAUUCUUAAGUGUCAAUUAAAAAGGAAACAUCGUUUUAUUACCAAUACAUGAACGCGGCCGAUGGAACUUCUGAGCUUUGUCGUACUGUACCGGAUGUUAAAAUUAGCAAAAGCAGUCUUGCCAAUGCAAUACUUUUAUGUAACCUACUUAAUCAUACCUAGUAGUUACUUACUUAUUAUUAUCAAGUUUUAUGUUUUGUCUAAUACAUAGAAACGCAUUUUUGUUCAAUGAUUCCAAAAGAUAAGACUGGAAAUACCAACUGCUAGUUACGACAUUUUACAGUAUCAUAGGUAGGACGUUUGUCAGGUUACAACCGUGGUGUUAUGUAGAAUUCAUGGCAUUCAAAUAUAAUACUUACGGUUUAAGUAUACUUUAGAAUCUUAAGUUUGGAGUUUUUUUUAAUACUUUACCUAGUUCCUCAUUGUCACUAAAGUAUAUUUUCUUGGCUAAUUUGAUCAUCAUUAGAUUUAAUUAAUGGUUGUCCAAAAGCAAGACGUGGCUACUAUUGUAAAUAAUAUCUAACAACAUAAAUUAUAGCUUAGAUAACAGAAAUAUAUUCACUAGUUAGUUAGUUCUUCGUGUACAAUAAAUUGUAGAAUAUUUGGGUACCUAUAUUAUGUAGUUUAUAGUUUUAGUUAGAAUUUAUACAAAAUAAUAGAAUUAGACAUAGUGUGACGUUAGCUGUACGUUAAGUGUAUAAUAGACAUCAUAUAAACUAGAAAUAGGUAGAGCUAGUGAACAUCGUUUGAGUAUUGAUGUCAUGUUUGAAUAAUACUUCCCUACCCCAGUCAUAGUACGCGUAAUAAAUAUUAAAUAAAAUCUGACAGUAAAUUACAUCAUUUACCAAGCUUUUAAAUAUAACAGAAAAAUGCUUGUGCACGCUACGAUUUAUAAAAUGAAUUCCAUUACUUCCAAUAAUAUAUUUUGUUAUUUGUAUUAUGAAUUACUUAAUCAAUAUUUAAUUAAUGUGGACAAUAGUACAACAUGAAUUUGUAUACUAUACUACUAAAUACAGAAUAGGCUGAGGUCAAUAAUUUUGUAUUUUGACAUAGGACUAACUACAACACUAUAAUGGAGACUAUAGUUAAGUAGAUACUUUUUCACUUAGAAAUGUAAUGUCCAAAUAGAGAAAGUGAUAUCUAGAGGCCAUACGAAUAAUUAAUUUAAAGCAACAUUUAUGUUUUGUUCAAAUAUUUAAGUACUAACUGAGUUUUACCUAACAUAUCAAGUUGUGGUACAUAUAAUAUAAAAUCUACCUACCCCAUUUAUAUCCUGGUCGAGGCGGGGCCGACCCAGUCGUAUUGUUUUUCUUCUAUCAAAUUAAUUUAUUUAUUUAUUUAUCAAAUAUGGAACACCAGCAGUUUACACAACACACACUGAUAACUUAUUCAUCAUUACAAAUUUCGUUGCGAAAAUCAUUAUAUAUAAUUAUAAUUGGUUUUGAAAAUAGUUAAGUUCCAUAGUCGAUAUUGCCUAUACAUGUAAACGCCCACCAGCGUAUGUACCUACAAACAACUUGUAUGUGGGUAGACUUUAUAUUUUCUUAGGUACCUAUGUACUAGGUACCUAUACAGCAUACGUAGUUGUUUUUUCAAUGAAACAAAGUUACAGUUCUUAAGUUUUUGUAUGUACCACAUAGAUAUUUAGUUUAAAAACAUGUAAUCCUCGUGAUACUAAUUAAAACAUUUAAUAACAAAAUAACAUCAUAUUAAUGUAGCGCAACAAAAUAUUAUACCUAAGCUUUACUCUGUAAAUACCUACGAUAGAUCAGUGUUUCUACAUUUUAUAUCAGUCUUCUUUACAACAUAAACAGUAUGCAGCUCUAAUGGUGUAACAUUUUUUUAUAUUUUACAUACCUACCUUACUAAGAUGAAAGGUAAAUUUUUACUUUGUUUAGCCGUCGCUUCGAAUUGAUAUAUUUUAGAAUAUGAUGUAGUAAGCAAAGCACCAACAUAAACUUAUGUUUUAAUAACAGUUUUUCAACGUAGUUACUUUAAAGAAAUCUAAAGUAUCUAAAUAUUUUAAAGAGCGUUCUUUGAACUAGUCAAAAUUAUUGAAAGUGACGGCAAUUUUUUAUUACCUAAGUAAAUGAGUUUGUUUUGAUUGUUGUAUGUAAUAAAAUAGUACUGAAUUCUACUUAUUAACAAUAUUUUUAUGGGUUCAGUUUUAUUUGAGUAAAUAUAUUUGUAAUACAUAG